AUGGCACCAGAAGUUAUUCAAAGAGUUCCUUAUGAUCCAUUUAAAGCUGAUAUCUGGUCGCUUGGCGUUUCAUUGUAUUGGAUGUGCACAGGCAAUCUUCCAUGGCAAUCUGGAACAAUUCGAUUUGUUACACAAGAAAUUCUCAACGGAUCAUACAAUUUGGGUCAGGUCCCAACACCUGAAUUGAUUGAUCUCAUUAGACACUGCAUGCAAUACAAUCCAGAUAACAGAGCCACUGCAGAAGAAUUACUUAAAUUACCUUGCUUUAGUGAUCUUUCUGGUGGCAAACCUAUAAUAUUCAAGAGACGAAGUAUUGAUAUUAUCCAUCCUCGUAUCUCUAUGAAGGUUCCUAUUAGAAAAGCCUUCUCGAAUGUUGAAAGGUAUUAA